AUGGGGAGGCCGGCGCCGGCGCCGGCGCCGGAAGCGCCAGCGCCCGCACCCGGGCCGACACCCGGGCUGCGACCCCCCGUCUACCCCGCCUAUCCCAUCUACCCCACCUACCUGCCGCCGGAUUCCAAACCAGAGCCGGAGGACGUGCACAGCCUCAUGCCGGACCUGAUAAGCCCGGCCAAGGCCGAGACGACGGAUAGGUACGGAACACUUCGGGACCCUUUCUCUGAUCUGCUGCAGCCAGAAACCAUGCAGCCGAUCUACUUGCUUCCAGUGAUGAACGGCCUCAAGCAGCUUUUUACGUUCUUCGUGUUUGGAUUCGACGUGAAGUUCAAACCAAAAGACUCCUCAAAGAUGACGAAGAUCCUGAAGCUCAUCGUGAGCUCCGUUGUCAAGGUGGCAUUCAUCGCUUUCGCGAUCAAUGCCAUGCACCAGGACUUCGAGAGGUUUGGGCGACGGCAUCAAGUCGAGGAGGGCUCCAAGUACAACGAGGUGCUGACUUUGAUGGCGGUGUGGUGCACCUCCCCAAACUUCGCGGCCGGCCUGGGGCUCUGGGGUCAGCUGAGUAUCCAAAGCCCCGGCGCUGUCUUCAAGGAUGACAUCGAGGACGCGAACUAUCGCACGCUGUGGUCGCCCUUCGGGUACAAACACAUCAAGUUCCCCUUGUGCCUGGCGGGCUCCUCCUGGCUGGCGGUGAUGAAGCAGAUCUACGCGCUGGUGCUGCUGCCUUACGUGAUCCCUGCGAUGGCGCUGGAGUUCUUGACCUCGAUCCUUUUUUGCUAUUGGGUCAUCUUCGAGUCUCGGAUGCUUUGCCUCAUCAAGUGCCUCCAGGUGCACGUGGUGACGCUGCUGGCUGCCGCAGUUUGGCUUCUGAGCUUGGGCCACUUCGGCUCCAACGGGUUCGCCAAGUACUGGACAAGCCUGUGGCCCUUUGUGUACAUGUACAUGGUCUACAUCUUCGCCUCCUUCUUUGUGCCUGUCUUUAUGGCAAUCCUCUAUGGCAUCCUGACAGGCGCACCGCUGGCGCAGAUUUCCAAGGGCAUCGGCUGCAUGCAGGAUUCUACGCGCGACGACCCGGGCCGGGUGCACACUUUCGCCCGCAAAGUCCGCAAAGUGUUCUGCGAUGACGACGGCGAUGGCGCAGGCUUUUGCGGCCGUUGCUUCACCUAUCUGGAGGCAGUGUAUGCCCGCGUCAUGCCACACCGUGAGCUGCAACUGGAAGAGGACGACCGGGGGCUGCUUUUGCGCUUGGAUAGCCACAAGCUGAUGCAUGACUUCACCUUCAAGCGCGGCUCCUCUGCCACGUCGACGAGCACUGCCAUCGAGCGGAUCCGACGGGAGCUGCUGAAGUUGCGCGCCAAGUACCAGGGAGAGCAUUCCGAAUCCGACUCAGAGGACAUGGUCUUCCAGCAAGGAGAGUUUACCUGGUGGCAAGCCUUAGUCGGCGAUGAGACCUGCAAUGAUGGGGACGUCAACCUGAGAAAAGACCCGCAGCUUGAAGACGACUUGAACAGCAAGGAGACCAGCUUGGAUGACGCAGAGGUGCAGAUCGUCAUGCUCACCAUCCGCGCCAUGGCCGAAGUCGCCAUCAUCCAGGCGCUGGUGAUCUUCUUGGUGCGCACGCUGAAGGGAAACUCCUUCUCGGACUUCGUGAAUGCCAUGCACAUCACCAUUCAGGAGAGACACAUCCGGGACUACAUCAACCAUUUGAUGACCAUUGGGGAAGAGAAGAUCGGCAAGAUCUUCAACGCAGUUUGGACGCUGAUUUGA